AUGAUAUUUUCACGCAUAGGUCGUUCUCUCUCUCGCUCCUCUCGCUCUACAUUCCACAGAAUUGCUAUAUCAGGUAACUGUGGCGUAAGGUCAGUGCUUUCUGAUGAAACUGCGUGCACUGCACGCGUUGAUGGUGGAUUAGGGUUUGUGAGGGGUUAUUUAACUUCGAUUGGAGCGGGAAAGCAGAUUAUUUCUAAUACGUAUUUAUUGGAAUUUAAUUCGGUUUUUGCAAAUCCGAGGCUCCGGAGGUUGUUUUGCAGUGAAGCGCCCAAGAAAAGAAACUAUGAGGACUUUUAUCCGAAGAAUAAAAAAGAAAUUCCAAAGGGAAACAAUAAAAAAUCCGAGUCUAAAGAGGACUCAGGUGGAGGUGAUCAAGGAAACUUUCAGCAGAACUCUAUGAAGCAGUAUCAAAAUUUAUUAACACCCAUAUUAUUAAUUGGAUUUGUGCUUUUGUCACUAUUUUCGAAUCCUCAGGAGCAGAACCAGAUUAGUUUCCAAGAGUUCAAGAACAAGCUACUUGAACCUGGUCUGGUGGAUCGCAUUGUUGUUGCCAAUAAAUCAGUUGCGAAGGUCUAUGUAAAGAGCUCAACAACUAGUACAAACAAAACCAAUGAUGAUAUUGUCCAGGGUCCUACUAAUGGUACCAAUACUAGGCGAAAUGUGAGCCACUAUAAGUACUACUUUAAUAUUGGAAGUGUUGACUCCUUUGAGGAGAAGCUGGAGGAAGCCCAGGAGGCAUUAGGAAUAGAUCCUCAUAACCAUGUUCCUGUGACAUAUGUGAAUCAAAUGAAUUGGUAUCAAGAAAUUAUGAGGUUUGCCCCAACAGCAUUACUUCUGGGAUCCCUCCUGUACAUGGGACGCAGAAUGCAGGGUGGAUUAGGUGUUGGUGGUCCUGGUGGAAAGGGUGCUCGUGGGAUAUUCAAUAUAGGAAAAGCACAUGUUACAAAAAUGGACAAGAAUGCCAAAAACAAGGUAUAUUUUAAAGAUGUGGCCGGCUGUGAUGAGGCAAAGCAAGAAAUCAUGGAAUUUGUCCACUUCCUCAAGAAUCCAAAGAAAUACGAGGAAUUGGGAGCAAAAAUCCCAAAAGGCGCUCUUCUUAAUCCAAAGAAAUACGAGGAAUUGGGAGCAAAAAUUCCAAAAGGCGCUCUUCUUGUAGGUCCUCCUGGGACUGGGAAGACACUUCUUGCUAAAGCUACUGCAGGUGAAUCGGAUGUGCCUUUUUUAUCUAUAUCAGGGUCAGAUUUUAUGGAAAUGUUUGUUGGAGUUGGGCCAGCCAGGGUCAGGAGCUUAUUUCAAGAGGCGAGACAAUGUGCACCUAGCAUUGUUUUUAUUGAUGAGAUAGAUGCAAUUGGUCGAGCAAGAGGGCGUGGGGGCUUUUCAGGAGGCCAUGAUGAACGUGAAAGUACUCUAAAUCAGUUGCUUGUAGAAAUGGAUGGAUUUGGAACCACUGCUGGGGUUGUUGUACUUGCUGGGACAAAUAGGCCUGAUAUCUUAGACAAAGCCUUGUUAAGGCCUGGUCGGUUUGAUCGUCAAAUUACCAUUGAUAAGCCUGACAUCAAAGGCCGUGAUCAGAUAUUUCGGAUAUAUCUGAAAAAGUUAAAACUUGAUCAAGAGCCAUCAUUUUACUCCCAGAGGCUUGCUGCUCUAACUCCUGGAUUUGCUGGAGCAGACAUUGCAAACGUUUGUAAUGAAGCUGCUUUGAUUGCUGCAAGAACUGAGAGUACACUGAUUACAAUGGAACAUUUUGAGGCAGCGAUAGAUAGAGUCAUUGGAGGUUUGGAGAAAAAGAACAAGGUUAUAAGCAAGCUAGAAAGGCGGACGGUGGCGUACCAUGAGUCAGGCCAUGCUGUUGCUGGUUGGUUUCUGGAACAUACAGAACCACUGCUGAAAGUGACAAUUGUUCCUCGUGGAACUGCAGCUCUUGGUUUUGCUCAGUAUGUUCCCAAUGAAAACCUUUUGAUGACCAAAGAGCAGCUCUUUGAUAUGACAUGCAUGACCCUUGGUGGUCGAGCAGCGGAGCAGGUUUUGGUGGGAAAGAUCUCUACUGGAGCACAAAAUGACUUGGAGAAAGUCACCAAGAUGACCUAUGCCCAAGUGGCAGUCUAUGGUUUCAGUGAUAAGGUAGGUCUUCUGUCUUUCCCCCAAAGGGAUGAUGCGAUGGAGAUGACCAAGCCCUACAGCAGCAAGACUGCUGCAAUUAUUGACAAUGAAAUUAGUUUCCAAGAGUUCAAGAACAAGCUACUUGAACCUGGUCUGGUGGAUCGCAUUGUUGUUGCCAAUAAAUCAGUUGCGAAGGUCUAUGUAAAGAGCUCAACAACUAGUACAAACAAAACCAAUGAUGAUAUUGUCCAGGGUCCUACUAAUGGUACCAAUACUAGGCGAAAUGUGAGCCACUAUAAGUACUACUUUAAUAUUGGAAGUGUUGACUCCUUUGAGGAGAAGCUGGAGGAAGCCCAGGAGGCAUUAGGAAUAGAUCCUCAUAACCAUGUUCCUGUGACAUAUGUGAAUCAAAUGAAUUGGUAUCAAGAAAUUAUGAGGUUUGCCCCAACAGCAUUACUUCUGGGAUCCCUCCUGUACAUGGGACGCAGAAUGCAGGGUGGAUUAGGUGUUGGUGGUCCUGGUGGAAAGGGUGCUCGUGGGAUAUUCAAUAUAGGAAAAGCACAUGUUACAAAAAUGGACAAGAAUGCCAAAAACAAGGUUUUGGUGGGAAAGAUCUCUACUGGAGCACAAAAUGACUUGGAGAAAGUCACCAAGAUGACCUAUGCCCAAGUGGCAGUCUAUGGUUUCAGUGAUAAGGUAGGUCUUCUGUCUUUCCCCCAAAGGGAUGAUGCGAUGGAGAUGACCAAGCCCUACAGCAGCAAGACUGCUGCAAUUAUUGACAAUGAAGUAAGAGAAUGGGUGGCUAAGGCAUAUGAACGUACAGUACAGCUGAUAGAGGAACACAAAGAGCAAGUAGCUCAGAUUGCAGAGUUGUUGCUCGAGAAGGAGGUCCUUCAUCAAGAAGAUUUAGUUCGAGUACUAGGUGAACGUCCUUUUAAAAGUGAUGAGACCACAAACUAUGAUAGGUUCAAGCAAGGAUUUCAAGAAGAGGACAAGGAAAUGAAAGACACCACCGAUGGCAAGACCUUAGAGGAUGAUGGCUCAUCACCCUUGGAACCUGAUGUGGUGCCCGCAUAGUAACUCAGAAAGGAUUCUGGUUUGUAUAAAUAAGUUGCAUUUGAAUUGAUUUUGUUCAUUGCUGCUUCCUUUAUUAAAUUGUAAAAAGCAUCACUUCUGCUACUAACAAGGCAUAGUUUUUGCUUUUGACGAGCAUUCAUUGAUCACUGUCCUAAUAUCAGUCUGAUGUAUUUAUCUUAAUAUGAAUUAAACCACAUAGCCAAGACACUGGGGGAUCUGAAAUGGUUACCUUGAUGUGUAGAGGUUGUAGACAACUCUCUUAGACAGGUUUAGCAUCUAUAAUCUCUUGUUUUUUUCAUAUCUAUUUGGCAGUCACAUAUUGCUCUGGAUAUGAUUGGUAAAGGCCACAUGGUAUCAAAUGGAAGAAAGCUACUUGGCGGCUAUUACAUUGGUUUAUUGAG